GAUGUUGUGGAGGGUCACUCACACAGGGAUCGCGGAUUGCGGUCGUGGGGGGGUCUUCCUUCUCUAACUUGUCUCCAGGAGAGAGGACCUGGCCUGCGGGUCCUAAUGGGUAGUCCGCUCGCACUAGGACCAGCCCUGGCUUGAGAAACAGGAAAGAGCUGGAGACCUCCUUCUAAAGGAGCCACGUUUGAAAAAUAGGAUGCAGGGCUAAGAUUUUCUGCCGUCUCUUGGCAAAAAUGGCAAAUAAUGAUGCUGUUCUGAAGAGACUAGAGCAGAAGGGUGCAGAGGCAGAUCAAAUCAUUGAAUAUCUUAAGCAGCAGGUUGCUCUACUUAAGGAGAAAGCAAUUUUGCAGGCAACUUUGAGGGAAGAGAAGAAACUUCGAAUUGAAAAUGCUAAACUAAAGAAAGAAAUUGAAGAACUGAAACAAGAGCUAAUUCAAGCAGAAAUUCAAAAUGGAGUGAAGCAAAUACCAUUUCCAUCUGGUACUCCCCUGGAAGCUAAUUCUGUGGUUUCUGAAAAUGUGAUACAGUCUACACCAGUAGCAACCGUAUCUUCUGGUACCAAAGAACAGAUAAGAGGAGGAACAGGAGAUGAAAAGAAAGCAAAAGAGAAAAUUGAAAAGAAAGAGAAGAAGGAGAAAAAACAGCAAUCAGUAGCUGGAAGUGCCGACUCUAAUCCAAUAGAUGUUUCCCGUCUGGAUCUUCGAAUUGGUUGCAUCACAACUGCCAAAAAACACCCUGAUGCAGAUUCUUUGUAUGUAGAAGAAGUAAAUGUUGGAGAAAGAGCCCCAAGAACAGUUGUCAGUGGCCUGGUAAAUCAUGUUCCUCUUGAACAGAUGCAAAAUCGGAUGGUGGUUUUACUUUGUAAUCUGAAACCUGCAAAGAUGAGGGGAGUAUUGUCUCAAGCAAUGGUCAUGUGUGCUAGUUCACCAGAGAAAGUUGAAAUCUUGGCACCUCCAAAUGGGUCUGUUCCUGGAGACAGAAUUACUUUUGCAGCUUUCCCAGGAAUACCCGACAAGGAGCUGAACCCUAAGAAGAAGAUUUGGGAGCAGAUCCAGCCUGACCUUCACACUAAUGAUGAGUGUGUGGCUACAUACAAAGGAGUUCCCUUUGAGGUGAAAGGGAAGGGAGUAUGUAGGGCUCAAACCAUGAGCAACAGUGGUAUCAAAUAAAAUGCCUCCACUACCAAAAGACAUUGGAGAAAACCUUAAUAGUAAUAAAGAGAAAUAUAUUUGUCACUUGUACCUGAAAUAUGAGUGGCUCAUUUUUGUGUUAGUGUCUCCUAGGCUUGACUAUUCUUUUACUUGGUAUAUAUUAUUUUCAUUGAUUGGGGAAACACUACAUUUUUACCUAGGUUCUUAAUCAUUUAUAAAGGAGAGAAGAAGUUGCCUAUGUUUUGUAAUAAUUUAUUUUUUAGCAAGAAUAUUGAUUAGCAGCUGUUUUUUUUUUUCUUUAUACAUGUAGAUAACUAGAUUAAUAUUUACUUUCUUAUUUAUGGGCACAGGAUGUAUGAAAUUUCAAGCUCUGAAAUUUUUCUUAUAUGUCUGUAUCAAAAAUAUCCUCUCCUUUUCCAAAGUGACAAGUUAGAAAAUUUGUAUCAGACUUAUUAACUGAUCAUAUUAUAAUAGUAUUGAAAAUGACCAACUGUUCAUUCUGAAAGCCAAACAUAAAACCUAGGAGAUGUGGCAUAUGAACAUUUUUGCUUUGCUGCUAGAGUAAUUCUGACUAAUAAUACUUAAAGCAUUUUUUAAAAAAAACUAAAAUUUUCUAUCUUGAAGUUUUUCUAUUUAGCUAAAUAAUUAGUAAUAAGUUUUGACUAGCUCUAAAGAAUAAACACAUUGAAAACAGUUGCCACAGUGUUUCUAAUAAAUUGAUCAUAAAAGCAGCAAUCUUUUUUUUAAUUCUAGCUGCUUUAUAAAGAUUCUUUGGGUACCUAAUAAAGGAUAAUUUAUAGCUUA